AUGGGCUCCCUCGGGCACCUUAUCGCCGCGGCCCCAGCUCAGCCACAUAUAAAGAAGUAUCUGCUUGGGCCCACCACUCCAUACAUCCCACCAACAAUGAGCCCAUUGCUUUAUUCUGCCUACCACAUGGGCCCACCAGCUGCAUCAAAGCAUAUUGGUAGGACCCGCCGGACUACAUCGCCGGCAUCUGCAACACCUAUUAGAGCCCCAGCUCUGCCUACGCCUGCCCCCGCUCUGCUAGACUCCCCGCGCAGCGGUGCGCCGCCCGCACCUAGAAAGACAGCGGUCUGGACCGCUAUGACCCCGCCUGGCGCUAUGACCCCGCCCCUGGCCUAG